AUGGAUUGCGACAAGGGUGGUGGAUUAUUCCCCUGCGUCAAAUCAGCCAGGGUGUCAUCUUUCUCGAGCGGCGGUAGUGAAAAAAUAGAAGAAUACGAAGAAAAGAAUGGUCACCUAAUCCCGGCCGUGUCUCUAGUAUCGGUCCAAAAGUCUGUACUUAGGUGUCGAGAGAUUUCCUUCCAUUCCUACCAACCAUCCUCUACAAACGAGAUACAUAGCAAUACAUCUUCAACCAUGACCUCCACCACAGUUUUCUUGCAUCUUCGCCAGAUCAACCUCCUGGUCGUCAGUAUCAGAGCCUUCAAGAGAACCCUCAUGCAUGAACAACAACUCCGCGACCAUUAUAUGGCACAGCUUGCUGAAAUUCAUAUCUACACUCUCGAAGACUACGCCACGGUUGCCGGAGAUGACAUUGAUUCUCCGUAUGAAACCAUUGCGGUCAAUGCUGCUAUUCUCGGGCACAGAAUCCUUCAUAAUAUGUGGUUGAUCAAGGAUUCUGAGGAUGAGCUGGUAAACCUGUUGGAGGUAAACAGGGAGUUGUGGAUUCUUUAG